UUUGAAUUGCGAUUGGUUUUCGGAUCGUGCACUGUUCGUGUGUUUUUCACGAAUUUCAAAUACAAUUUAUUCAAACAUGAUACCACAGUAGUUUUCUGCUCUAACCACUGUAGUGAUUAAAUAUUCGCAUCUACGAAUUUAGUGAUCUUUCCAUAAAUUUAUACACGAAAGAGAAUCGGUCAACGUACAGAGCGUUCUUGAGCACGUGUUUGUUUUGAUAUUAACCCAGCGGAUCCCAUUCCACAGCAAUGGGAAAAAAGAAAGCUAACCAGUUAGGUCGUUCACUGAUCAAGGACCGGUUCGGCCACGGUAAUCGAAAAACAGUCGAUAAUAAUAGCAUGCUUCACACCACCGAAGUUCAGGAUGGGUACGACUGGGGUCGAUUGAAUUUGCAGUCCGUCACGGAGGAAUCUUCGUUCCAGGAAUUUCUUAGAACGGCUGAACUGGCUGGUACGGAAUUUCAAGCGGAAAAGUUAAAUAUUAGUUACGUUAAUCCGAAAUCCAAGGUCGGAUUGCUGACCACGAACGAGCGGGUUGCCAUCGAGCGAAAGCAGGUUGAUAAGAAAAAUCUGCUGAAGAUUCCGAGGAGACCCAAAUGGACCAAGGAAACGACACCGGAAGAGCUGCAAUUGAUGGAGAACGAGAAUUUUCUCGAGUGGCGAAGAGGACUCGCAGCUUUACAGGAGGAGGAAGGUAUGCUAAUGACUCCUUACGAGAAAAAUUUGGAUUUCUGGCGUCAGCUGUGGAGAGUGGUGGAACGGUCGGAUAUCGUCGUUCAGAUUGUUGAUGCCAGGAAUCCUUUGCUGUUCCGAAGUGAUGAUUUGGAGAGAUACGUAAAGGAAGUGGACGAGAGAAAGAUGAACAUGAUUUUGAUCAAUAAGUCUGACUUUCUCAACGCCGAUCAGAGGAAACGGUGGGCGGAAUAUUUUGACGAACAGAACGUAAGAGUGGCGUUCUUUUCCGCUGCACAAUCGGUAGAAAACGCGAAGCGGGAGCGAGAGGCGGAAGCAGAGACAGCGGAAAGAGAAGAGUUGGAGGUGCUAGAAACAAAACUGAAAGAGUUGGAUUUUAAGGUUGAACAAGCGGAGGAGACGCUGGAGCGUUUGGAGGAAAAAAUUGAAGAACUCGUCGAAGGUGAUAAUGAGAGUACCUCGUCGACAAAGCUACGUAACAGCUCAAAGAUUCUGUCCAAUACCGAACUAAUUGCGCUGUUCAAGCGUCUGCACAAAUCCGAACGUGUCACUCCAGGUGUAGUUACCGUUGGUUUAGUAGGCUAUCCGAACGUAGGCAAAAGUAGCACCAUAAAUGCCGUAUUCCUGGAGAAAAAAGUUUCCGUUUCAGCUACUCCCGGUAAAACAAAGCACUUUCAAACUCUGUAUGUGGAUAGUGAGUUGCUGUUUUGUGACUGUCCCGGUCUCGUUAUGCCAAGUUUCUGUACUACAAAGGCGGACAUGAUUUUGAAUGGAAUUCUACCGAUCGAUCAGAUGCGGGAUCAUGUCCCACCGGUCAAUCUGCUAUGUACACUCAUUCCGCGGCAUGUUCUAGAGGAUACGUAUGGCAUAAUGAUAGCCAAGCCGGUCGAAGGUGAGGAUCCCAACAGGUCACCUUAUUCGGAGGAGCUGUUACUGGCUUUUGCCUACAAUAGGGGCUAUAUGACUGCCAAUGGUCAACCGGAUCAAUCGCGUGGUUCUCGCUAUGUGUUGAAGGAUUUUGUGAAUGGUAAAUUGCUCUACUGCAAUGCACCGCCUGGGGUUGAACAGAAAGAGUUUCACCAGUUUCCCGAGCGCCACAAGGAAGAGGUGGACGUGAAACUACUACCACCAAGGCAGCAACGUGCGAUGAAGAUGGGCAUUACCACUACCGGUAAAGACAUCGACGAGCAGUUCUUCCAGGAACGCAGCUAUACAGGAUUCGUGAAAGGGCGUAAUGAUUUUCCGAAUGUGCGACCGAUGGGAGUGGCUGGAGCAGCUAGUUCACAGGAAGCGGGUGUGCUGAUAGCGGGCAAACCUUGGAAACACCAGAAACGAGAAAAACGGGAAAAGCUUCGGCGCAAAUAUGCUCACCUUGAUCAGCACUAAACUAUUGUAGGAAGUUUUUGGGAGGCUGAAGUUCUAGUGCGAAGUGAUUUCGGUAACUGUUUUGUAACUUUAUUAAAUGUACAAAAGAAUUACACAUCUUUAUAUUAAAUAUAUACCUAUGCUUCACAGUUUCGUGCAGUUAUACCAGAUCA